CCAUUGCAGGGAGCCUGGGUUUGACUGGUGGUCCGGGGAACUGGAUCCCACAUGCUACAGCUAAAGAUUCACCAUGCCCCAAAUGAGAUCUGACACAAGCAAAUAAAUAAAAAUGAAUAUUUAAAAAAAAAUUAGGCAAAGUAAUUUAAUAGGGAUUUCUUCAAGCAAGGUAUACAAAUGACCAAUAAGCACAUGACAAGAGGUUCAGUAUCACUCAUCAUUAAGGAAAUGCAAGUUACUGCAUUGAGGUACCAAGUCACAGACACUAGGAUGACUACUAUUCAAAAAACAGAGUUCGAGUGUUGGCAAUGAUGUGGAGUAAUCCGAACUCCUUUGUGUUACUGAUGGGAAUGUAAAAUGAUACAGUUGCUGUGGAAAACAGUUUGGCGAUUUUUCAAAACAUUAAACAUAGCCUUGCAAUAUGACUCAGCAAUUCCAUUUUGGGGUAGAUAACCAAAAGUAUUGAAAACAGGAUCUCAAAAGAGAUAUUUGCAUCUCCAUGUUUGUUGCAGUAUUAUUCACAAUAGCCAAGAAGUGAAAGAAAUCCAGUGUUCAUUCACAGAUGAAUGAAUUCACAAAAUGUAGUAUUUAUACAUAUUCUAUGGAAUAUUAUUCAACCUUAAAAAGGAAGGAAAUUCUAAAACAUACUACAACAUGGAUUAAUACCUUGAAGACAUUAUUCAAAGUGAGAUAAUUCAGUCACAAGAGGACAAAUACUAUUUGAUUCCACUUACAAGUGAUACCUAGUUAAACACAGAUACUGAAAGAAAUUACAAUUGUUGCCAGGGGCAGGAAGUGGGGUGGAGGUGGCUGGUUACUGUUUAAUGAGUACAAACUGUCAACCUGAGAAUAUGAAAGGAGUUCUGGAGAUGGAGGAAGCUGAUGGUUGCACAGAAAUGUGAAUUAACUGAAUGCCACUGAACUUAAAAUGACAAAGAAUAUUAAGUUCACAAGUGGGGACAGUGGAAAGAACACCAGCUUCGGAGUCAGUUCAGACCUGUGUCUGCAACAGAGCUGACAUCUUGAGCAACUCCUUCAGUCUGACAUGGCAGAAAAACCAAUGUGUCCCUCCACACAAAUACCCGAUGAUGAAGACACACAAAAAGAAGAUAAUAUCCGUUGCUUAAAUGUGCUUGGCCAUUUUGGUUUCGAUUGUUUGGCUCAUCAGCUGGUGGACAAAUGUGUUCAACAAGGAUUCUUUUUUAAUAUUCUCUGUGUGGGGGAAACUGGGAUUGGAAAAUCAACCUUGAUUGACACACUGUUCAAUACUAAUUUGAAAGACAAAAAAUCUUCGCAUUUUUACUCAAGUGUUGGACUUAAAAUUCAGACAUAUGAACUCCAGGAAAACAAUGUUCAGUUGAAAUUAACUGUUGUGAAAACGGUGGGCUAUGGUGAUCAAAUAAACAAGGAAGCCAGCUACCAGCCAAUUGUUGACUACCUAGAUGCUCAAUUUGAGUCCUAUCUUCAAGAAGAAUUGAAAAUUAAACGUUCCUUAGGUGACCACCUUGAUUCCCGCGUCCAUGUGUGCCUUUACUUCAUUUCGCCUACAGGACAUUCUCUGAAGUCUCUUGAUAUAUUAACCAUGAAGAACAUUGACAGCAAGGUGAACAUUAUACCAGUGAUUGCCAAAGCAGAUGCAAUUUCUAAAAAUGAUUUACAGACAUUUAAGUGUGAGAUAAUGAAUGAAUUGAUUAGUAAUGGCAUCCAGAUAUAUCAGUUCCCAACAGAUGAUGAAACUACCACUCACACGAACUCCUCAAUGAAUGGCCUCUUACCUUUUGCUGUAGUAGGAAGUACGGAUGAAGUGAAAGUUGGAAAAAGGACAGUCAGAGGACGUCAGUACCCCUGGGGAAUUUUACAAGUGGAAAACGAAAACCACUGUGACUUUGUUAAGCUCCGGGAUAUGCUUCUUUGUACAAAUAUGGAAGACUUGAAAGAACAGACUCAUACUCGGCACUAUGAACGUUACAGGCGCAACAGACUUCACAUAAUGGGAUUUACUGAUAUGGGUCCAAACAACCAGCCAGUUAGUUUUCAAGAGAUCUAUGAAGCCAAAAGGCAGGAGCUCUUGGAGCAAUGUCAGAGCGAAGAAGAAGAGUUGAAACAGAAGUUUAUGCAGCGAGUAAAGGAGAAAGAAACAGCAUUUAAAGAAGCUGAAAAAGAGCUACAGGACAAGUUUGAACAUCUUAAGAAGAUCCAGCAAGAGGAGACAAUGAGACUUGAGGAGGAGAGGCGACAACUGGAAGAAGAAAUCCUAGCAUUUUAUAAAAUGAAGGCCUCCUCUGGAACCUUGCAGGGUCAGGUGUGCACCAGUAUAAAGAAGGACAAAGAGCGUAAGAAAUAAUCCUUUACCGUACUGUGUGUUGUAGAGCCCUUUCACUCUCUCUCUCAUCUUCCUGGGAGGUUUUCCUCAUAGCACUUAAUUCUGAUUGAAAUUAUGCUAAGUUUUAAAAUUUGUUUACUUGCUGUGUAUUUUCUUCUGCUAGAAGGUGAGCUCCUUGAGAGCACGUACCUUGAUCAUUUUGUUAGAUGCUCUAUCAUCAGGGUUUAGAACAAGAGUGGCACAGAAUUUGCGCUCAAUAAAUAUUUGCUAAAAUGAAAGAAGGUCAAAGAUUUAUGCACCACAGUGUAAAAGUGUUGAUUAGCUGUGGAAAUUCUUUUACCAUAGCCCUACCUAUGACUCUGAUGACCAAGUAUAUGUAUUAUAUCAUAUCUAAAUAGAAGUAGGGGGUUUGUUGGCAUGCAGUAUUGCAAAAAGCUAAUCCUUAUGCUCAUGUUCCUUAUAAAAUUCUACUGACAAUAAUUUCUUGGUAGUUUUUAUUAAGUAAAAUGCGGUUU